AUGGCUGGGGUGCUGGUCUGGAACCUGAUAGGCCACGCACGAGGCCAGCGAGACACCGCCUCCUACGGUUCUCGUUUUGAGGUGUCAAGGUCAGCUUCUGAUUGGCGCAAGAGGCUUUCGUAUGAGAGGCGGUGUCGGGUGGACCCAAUUGCGAGCUCAGAUCCGACUGCCGAGACCGUGGUUGGUUUACAGUCUGAGUGCCAAUCAAGUCACUCAAACUUGGCAUAG